AUGCAGGACUCUGACGAUAAUCUAACUAAAGUAAAACUAAUAGAUUUCGGUUGUAUUCCUGUGGAUACUGCUAUGGAAAAAUGCAUUACGGUUGAAAAUACUUUUGAGAAAAUCUUAUCGUACCGGGUAACUAAUCUCUACAUAUUAAAUAACGUCGAUCGGGUAUUUAAUAUUUCAAUCACUUCGACUCCCGUGGAUCCGGGUCAUUAUGCAAGAGUGAAAAUUAUAUUUAAGCCGAAUGUCGUCGGACAGUCCUUCACUGAAUAUUUCUUAAUAGAUGAUACUGCUGGUAAUAAUUACCGGUUAACAGUCACUGGAAAAUGUUACGGACCUCAAGUUUCCCUUGAUAAAAAAAAAAUAGUGUUCAGAGUAUGCAAAAAUUUAAGGGAGCAAAGGAAAGAAGUAAUAAACAUAGUAAAUAAUUCAGCUGUCGAUACGACGUAUCAGUGGUAUAUACCCGUCUGUGGUCAAGGAUAUUUUCAAAUAUCAACCGGGAACUGUGGUCUUAUCACAGCUUUCGAGACGAUUUCGACAACAGUGUUGUUCAUCGGUACCGCAUUGGGUGUAUAUACUGCGGAAUUAGUAUGCCUGGUUCUAAAUCAGGAACCUUUAUUCCUAAAUGUGUUUGGAACGGUAGUUCUGCCAGGCAAUCCUCUAUUUAAUAUUCAAGAUCACAUGUUCGAGAAAAAUUGGAAGCGUAAAUCUCGUUCCGUUCACCUUAUGGAGAAUAGUCUUAACCGUUUAACUUAUAUACCAUCAGCUUCUGUCUUUGAACGAUACCUUGAUUUUGGUAUGGGUAGUGUGGAUGAUAUUACAAAAAAUAUAUCUCAAACUAUUUGCGUAACUAAUCAUGAACAAGAGGAGGGUCAUAUACAGUGGAUGCCAGAUCCAGAUAGCAUAUUUUUAGUCGAUCCCAUUGCUUCUGCUUUACCUCCAAAUGAAUCUAGACUUUUCACAGUAAGAUUCAGACCUAAAGUACACAACGAAUUGUAUGGCUACCUGCUAUGUGGAGACUAUCAGGUUAAAUACUUUCCUAACGAAGAUUGUGACAUGAAGUUGAGACACACCUGGUUUCGGAUACCCUGCACUGGUAAUACGUGGGCUCCUUGUACGGAAUGGUUGACUGAAUUCGAUUGUCCUAUCGAGGUAAUUCUGCCACCAACAGUACCUACGAGAACAACAUUUUCCAACUUUAUGCUAUCAAACAAAUUUGAAGUACCAAUGCACUUCAAAUUUGAUGCACCUCAAGGGUCCAAUUUUGUAGUUAUGCCCAUGUGUGGCAUUGUGCCCGGUCGAGGUUGGCAAAUUAUAUCAGUGGCACUGGAGCCAAGAUGUUUAGGCGAUUAUUGUGAGACCUGGGAUUUACUCAUUAACAAAGUUCAGAAGUCCCGUAUUUGUUUUACGGGUAAUGCGGAGGUCAGCCAUAUUGAAGUCAUGUCGCAUGGUUACAACCCUGCCACGCAUGCAAUGCUGGAGUUUCCACCAACUAUUACUGGAUGCACCAACUACAUUACGUCUUAUCUACAUAACCUUACUAGGAUGGAAAUACACGUGAGAGUCCUUAACUUUGUUCCAUGGCUUGGUGCUGAUUUCAAUGGUUCCAUAGUGUUACCUCCUAAAGAGAUUGUAAGCUAUCAUUGGUGGUUCUUUCCCAAAAUACCUGAGAAGGUUUACGAAACUACCAUAACACUAUCAUGUGUGUGCCUAAUAAAUGGCAGACCAGUCGGAGAACCGACAGAGGUUUAUAUACACGUUUCUGGAUUUUCCGAAUUUCCCGACUUAAAGGUUUUACCUAAAGAAACAAAUCUGCACGACAUAGUUGUUGGGGAAAGUAAGACGUUCUCUAUAACAUUGUACAAUAACGGUUCUUGUUUUUUUACAUCAAAACUGUACCACCUUAUCAGAGGUAAUGGAGAUGAUUACAGUUUUGAUAGAUUCGAAAUUGAUUCUACUGUAAACAGCUUAAAACCAUCUAAAUAUUGUGAAGUAAAAAUGACGGUUACUCCUAAUGGUGCUGGACCAAGAGAAAUAGUUAUCAAGUAUGUGGUUCUUUUCCGAACGGAAUUUGACGAGAUUAAGGAAAUACAACCUGUCGUUAAAAAGAUUUGUACAAUUUGGUACGAUGGGAUCUACCCUACAAUGAAGGUUAAGCGAACUAUAGCCGUGAAAUGUCCAAUAAUUUUAAGCAAUCACGAUGUCUGGAAUAUUUUCAAUGUUGAUGAAUUAAACAAAGCUUUUGUAGAUUGUCGCCCAAAAAUACCUUUGACAGUAAACCUUUACGCUCCCGACCUAUGCGUUCGCAGUGGUAAAUCGAAUCACGUGCAAAUUAUAUUCGUUUUGGGAUGCAUAUACGGGGCUCCAGUACCUUGGAACCUUCGCAGAGAGAAGAUAUGUGAUUGUGAAAUGAUUGAGGUCCAGAUAGGGACAUCACUUUAUGAGAUGAGGCAUACUUGUAAACAUAGGUCGUAUGUGGAGCUGUAUCCGUUAAGUGGAAUUGUUUCGCGCGAUAACCCCAACCUUCUAUAUCUUAACUUCAAUUACAUUGCCGAGGGUUUGAAUACCCUGUGUUACGUCAUGACAAUGCCAAAUGAAAGGACGAUUUAUUUAUACGUCAAUAUAUUAGCUACUUUGAACACAAGAAGUGUGUUAACGCCCCUGCGUAGGCCAGUCGGUGUAGAUGAAUACAUUGCGGUUCUGGACUGUGGAAGAGUACCUAUUAACAACUUAGAUCCUGUUAUACGGGUUGUAUGGCUGUACAAUCCUACCGACGUUUUUACAACUUGGCGACUGGUACGUGGAAAUGCCAAGGAAUCUAAAGAUUCAUCAAUAGCAAUUCGUUGUUUGCUAUACUUCGCAGAAGUUCCGCCGCUUGGCAAGUUAGCCAUACCUGUUGCCUUUAUACCAAGUGAAAUGAUUGAUUAUGAGGUAAUAUUGUUAUCUUCGUUCGGAUACGAUACAGUAAAAAUAUUAAUAAAAGGACAAGGAGGCCUACCAAAUUGUCUCGAGACUCGGCUCGAUCUCCCAUAUUAUACAGAGAGGGUCAUCAGAGAAGCUUAUCGUAGAGAAGUAGUCUACUUAUCUGUGGAACAAUUAAUCAUACCGCCCAUGCCAACUCACUCCCUCUCUAGAGACAUAAUUAGCAUCUGCAACGACACUGAUCACAUUUUACGAUUUAUUUGGUUGCCAGAAAGGAUAGCAAAUAUUGUAAACAUAGUAAUGACUCCGUGCUGGGGAGUGAUUCAUCCUAAGACCUCUGAAUGGAUCACUAUGACUGUGUAUUCCUUACAAGAACCUUCGACUUUCACGACAACAGUUGCAUGUGAAAUUUUGGAUCUGACUGAACGUAAAAUGUACCAACAGAAUGAAUUUCUAAGAAAAACUAAAAUUGAGAAGUGCAAUCAAGAAUUCAUAAUAACCGAAGAGGGAAAGAAAUACCCGGAUAUAAAUGAUUCACCGCCGUAUGUCCUGGACUUGAAAAAUCCGAAGCCCUACUAUUUAACUAUAACAGUGUCAAUAUCUUCUAAGGGCCAGCGGGAUGGAUAUCCGAGAAUGAAUUUAAGACAAAUGUGGGAACAGACACCGCCAUACAAUUUAUUGUCAUCGGAUGCCAUAGCGCUUACUAACGACAGAGUUCCAGGCAGUAAUAGUUUGACUAUGGUAGACAUCAUAAGGGUUAUAGAUGGAAUAUUAUGGGACGCCUUACAUAGCAAAAUGUUUAGAAACCAAGUAGAAUACUAUGCCAAGGAAGAGUUGCCCACUUACGGUCAGUUAAUGAAAAGGAUGAAACAGGACCUUAAACCUCAAUUAGCGAGAAGAAUGACUUCUGGAAUAUGCGAUGCUAUAGUUAAUAAAGCACUUUUCCAUACUUAUAACCUUCAUCCCAAGCAAGACCCGUAUGUUGUUGAGGCGGAGUGA